CGCAAAGAUAAGGACGAAAGGCGCGUAUAAAUGCAAAGGAGUCCCCUUGUAAUUCAUUCAGUUGGUGUUCACGCCUCAGGCAGAAACACGCAGCACUUCACCAUGGCCGGGCAGCGCUCAGGAAUCGUCCUCGCGGCGGUGGCGGCACUCAGCGCGCUCUGCGGCCUCUGGGGGUCGGUGGCCAGCUACGAGAUCAAAGCCGUGACUCGGCCCGUCAUCAUGUCGGAGAGCCCGUUCUGGGACGACGAGUCCAGCACCGUCAUCUUCGUGGACGUCAUCGGCAAGGAGGUGCUCCGCUACGACCCCUCCUCGGGGGAACUCAAGUCCAUCAGCUUCAAAAACCAAACGGGCCGCGUGACGCCGGCCGUGCCGGUGCGCGGGAGCUCGCAGCUGCUCGUCGGCGUGGGCCGCGUCGUGCACCUCGUGGACGUGGACUGGGGCGCGGCGGGCGCGGCGGCCGCCAUCCGCAAGGACGAGCCCCUCGUGGAGGUGGAGGCCAAGAUGCCCGGCAACCGCUUCAACGACGGCAAGGCUGACAAAGAGGGCAGGCUGUGGAUCGGCACCAUGGACGACAGCCGCACUUCGAGGCGCAGGCGUAGGCGCCGCAGCGACACCAACAAGGGCGAGCUGUUUCGCUUCGACCUGCACCGCCACCCCGAGAAGGGCUACUACAUCAACACCACGUGCGCGGUGAACGACGGCCUGGUCAUCCCCAACGGCAUGGCCUGGACGCGCGACAACAAGGGCUUCUACCUGGCCGACUCGGAGAAGAGCGUCGUGUACCGGUUCGACUACUCCAACAAGGAGGGCCGCAUCUCCAACCGGACGGUGGCGUUCAAUUUCUCCGACUACGGCGUGCCCGGCGCCCCGGACGGCCUGACCAUGGACGUCGACGGCAACCUCUGGAUCGCGUGCGUGCACGGUGGCAGGGUCAUCAAGGUGGACCCGCACACCGGCAAGCUCCUGCUCACCAUCAAGAUGGGCGUCACCAACGUGUCCGCCGCCGAGUGGGGCGGCGCCAACCGGGACGUCCUCUACGUCACGUCGGCCAAGUACCAGAUGGACGACAAGCAGCUCGCCGACGAGCCCAACGCGGGCUGCAUGUUCGCCAUCACGGGGCUCGGCACCCGGGGACUCCCCAACAUGCCCUUCGCCGCCACCAGCAGGUCGUGGGCGAUGCGCCUCUCUGCCUCUUGGUCUCUCCUAUCGCUGACGCUAUUCCUCUCAGUCUUCGCUGCACUUCUUCACUAGAAACCACCGACGCCUCUACUUUCCUUAGUUUCCUAAUUUUAUUUUCUACCUCUUUUGUACUUUUGUAAAUAAAUCUUUUCCUUCAGGAGAAUCUUG